GACAAACAACUAUAUCGCAUGCAUAACAAAUCAACAAUCUAACGUAAGGAAAUGCGCACUGCCUUGUACCAGCACGUGCCGCAUCUUCUCAAAAUGUCAACAAAAGAAUCUUCCACAUUACAUUGUACGACUGCUGCUGAGCGAAAAGCCUGCGCACAGCUCAUCAUCUUAUUUUCGCUGAGUUCGAUGCGGUUCCCUUAAUACUGCUGCUACUGCUGCUGCCAAAGCAGAUUACCUAUAAUGUCCCGUUGUAUGCAUUUUCGCAGUUUAGUCGCUAACAGGACAUCGGCUGAGGAUUUUCGUAGUAAAUUGGUUUUUACUGCGCGGUAAAAACCGUGUUACUGUUAUUUAUCUCUGUUUAAAGAGUGUGAGGGUGUAUAUGUACCGUUCGUUUUUGUUGGUGUAUAGUUCGCAGAGUGCUAGUAAAAAAAAAAGUGACAAAAUUCGUAUCCGGGUUUCAGUUUCCUUUAUUUUUUUGUUCAUUCGACAUAUCCUUUCUGUAGGUUAUUUCGAUUUUAACUGGGUCGUAUGGCGUAUACGUACUUUUUUUUUGUUUAAUGCAUUUAUUCCAAUGUUGCUGUUAUAGUUCGUGGUUGUCAUCGUUGUCGUUGUCGCUGUUGUUCUGUCGACUCGAGGUGCAAUGUUAAGUGGCUGCAAUUUGAAAGAAGAGGUCUUUUUCUGAGAUCUUCAUUCGUAUCUGUUUUUGUCAACCUUUUGUCUUGUCUCUCCGCGUGUGUGCGAGCUCCAAGUUGUAUUCGUAUGGUUUUUUGUUUUUGCUUCUUACACCAAUGUUCGUAAUGCGGAACUAAGAAGAUGUUAUAUAGUAAAAAAUUCUACUGCAAUGAUUUAUGCAUAAAAUAUGAAAUCCUAUGAAUGCCAAGGAAAUAUUUAAUAAGUUGUAGUGUUGUGCCUGUCAAAGGAGCUGUGAAAGGUCCUUCCUAUAUUUUUUUUUUGUUUGUUUUUUGUUUGAAAAGCAAAAGUGAAUAGAAGAAAAUAAUGUGUGAUUGAGUGGAAGAGAAGAAAAAAGUAAGGUGAAAAGUUCACGUGCAAUAAUAUAUACCUAUCUAGGAAAUAGGAAGAAGCAAGGGAUGGAAAAAGAAGGGUGAGAACCUUGUUCACAGUGUGAGAGAGUUUGAGUUUGAUGGGUGCAAGGUCCCAAAAGGAUACACAACACAUCACAAAGGAAUAAAUAUGAUGAUGCUGCAUUCAAAAAGCAAAAUUUGAAUGGCUUGGCUGAGUAAUUAGUUGUUUUGUUUUCGGUUUGUUUUUAUUUUUUCCUUUUAUUUCGGUUCGUUCGGAUCAUGAGCGAACGAGGUGUUAAUGGACGACACUCGCGUGUUAGUCCCUCACCUGGACGAGGAAGUAAGAUCGCCUAUUCACCGUGUCCCCGAUCUGAUCCACAAGAAAUAGAAAUGGCUGGUAAUUGUUUGGCCAUUCCGAUGUCGGCCAUACAGACUAAUGGAAAUUCAAAAGAACGUUGCGGUCCUUUAUUAUCGGGUGCUAACAACACCCCUCCAAUAUCACCUUUGUCCUAUGAUGUGGAUGCACCUCAACCCUUAGUAGAUCGUAAGCCAUCUGUAUCUUUAUUAAAAUGGAACUCUGGCAAGAGGAAUGACGCUCCCACACCUACCGCUGCCAGGCAAGUAAGCUUUGGCGGUGGUUCGGCUCGAACAGAACCAAUUUCUCUUUCAACUUUGGAUCGUGAUUGUUUUAUUAUUCCGGUUCAGAGUGUAGAUAGGUUUCUACCUGCAGGUAUACCGCUACCACCUCCCUCCGCUGAUGGGGCAAAGCCGACAAGUCCUUUAAGUGUCCUAGAGGUGUCCGAUCCGAAACUAUGUAUACUCGUGCAUCUGAUGAGUCCCCUGGAGCCAAUAGAUCCUGUAAUGGAAUCACCGCUGUCACAUCCAUUACUUAAGCAAAGGUCUGUGGCAGCGGAACUUUUAAAUGAGGUGCAACAAGCGAAUACAGCUGUAGGUGGAAUGUUGUUAGCGAACAUGGAAAAGAGCGCGGAAUUUCCUUUUAUAGCAUACUAUUUAAUAAAUACAACACAAACGGAUCCUUCGAAUUUUUACACCGGUAUGCGAGUUUCAUCGCUUUCGAAAUUCGAACCGAAAAAUUUAAAAUACACUGCCGCCCAUACUUUAGAUUUAUACAGUGAGGUAGCAGCGAUAUGUCGUCCUCCGCUCGUCUUGGCGCCCAACGAGAGUGGCAGCUUUAAGAAAUCUCAAACUCCUUCAACUGGAUACAUAAUAAGCGUUUACAAGGUAUUCGAAGGAGACGAUGGUGAACGUUUUGAAAAGAAUUGGCUGUAUUGGACCGGUGCACGAAUGCUCUAUAGGUAUCUGCCUCGUGCCGCUGGCUUGAGGAGAAUUGCCCUGCACAAGAGCACUUCGCAAAAGGGUGAUAAAAUGUAUUUGCUAAUAUGUGAGUGUGCGGAUUUGCUGAAGGACAUUUCAUCGGCUGCAGUUUUGAUACCAGCAUUGCGGGCACGUCUUUGUGGAUACACUGGACUGUAUAGACCAAUUCAAGCUUUUUAGUUAUGUAAAUACAAAAUUAUUGCUGUUUAGUUUUAUUUUUUAUUUCAUUUUAAAUUCGUUUUCUGGCGAAUGAUAUUUUAAAAAUACAAUAAUUUGUUUUAAACAUCUGCA